ACAUUGCCGUGACUACAGGCGAACAACUAGAGUUUUACAGCAACAAUACCAAAAUACGCAAUGAGGGGGUUCGGUUCCGCGACCUCACAGCUCUAGCCUACGAUGCAGUGCACAACAUGCUGCUGUUUGUCGACAAACAGAGCGACAACGCUUCAAUAUUUAGCUUUAACUUAGGAACCAAGAAAUACCGAUCGCUAGUCAGAAGGAGAUCGGACGAAAACAUUCAAGAUCUUACCUUCGACCCAGUGGAAGGGAAGCUCUUCUGGACCGACACCAAUGAAAGAAGCAUAUUUUGGAUUUCAAUGAAACCCGGCUCCAAAAACAAUGAUUACGGAAACCUUUUAAUCAAGAUGGAUGAUGAAAUUCCAAGAGCCAUAGCCGUUGAUAGCUGUAGAGGGUAUAUUUACUGGACCAAUAUUAACGUUACGAAACCCACGAUAGAAAGGGCUCGGUUGGAUGGCACCAAUCGCGAGGUUGUGAUAGAUACUAAUAUCUAUAUGCCUGUCAGUCUAGCUAUUGACCAGCAGACGAAGCAAAUUUACUGGGCCGACGAUAAGGAAGGCAUUCACUACUCAAUAGAAACUGCAGAUUUGGAUGGAAAGAACAGGAGAACGUUGAUGGUUGGUACACAUCAUCAACCAUACGCACUGACUGUGUCAAAAGAUUCUAUCUACUGGGUGGAUUGGGGUUACAGAUCAGUUUGGCAACUACCGAAGAAUCCACCAAUGUAUUCUGAACCCGAAGAGAUCAAAGCUUUCAACAACGAGUUGCCUUUCGGAGUUGUCGCUAACUAUCAAAUUGAGGAUCAAACCCACGGCAACCCCGAGUGCGAAAACCUGUCAAGUCUAUCUCAAAACAACUCUGUGAUCAACGAUACUUUCUACAUUCCCACGGACGUCGGUUUAUUCUGUGUCCAUGGUAUCAAAGUGAGUGGGAAACCUCUCUGUAAUUGCACGGUGGGGUACACCGGCGAGAGAUGCGACAUCUCCGUCUGUCAAAACUAUUGCUUCCAAGGAGACUGCAGUCUGACUAGUGAUGGACAGCCUACAUGCAAUUGUAACAAUGGCUACUCCGGCAAUAGAUGUGAAGUGAACGUCUGCACCGGAUACUGUCUAAACAACGGCAUUUGCUCACUGAAUGAGAAAAGCCAACCAACCUGCCAGUGUUUAGGAGGAGAUCAUGAGGGCGAGAGAUGUCAGACUCUCAUCGUUUUGACGACGACGACUGAGGCACCACCCAAAACUGAGACCAACCAAAGUUGCAAUUGUUCGGAUAGCCAAAUAAUCAAUUAUCAACCAAUGACGCUGUCCCCUGAGGCCUAUCCAAACAGCGAAACCAUAAUAGAGGGAUGUUCAUCCUGGGAUCCAGUUAGAGACCCCGUGAUCGUGGUGCUAGGAAUACUAUGUGGACUGCUGUGCUUAGCCUGUGCCGUGCUUAUCACCAAAAAUCUACAGUUGAGGAGAAGGCCAAGGAUUAAGAAGAGAAUAAUAGUAAACAAAAAUGUAACGCCGAUGACAGCGCGGCCCGACCAAUGUGAGAUCACCAUUGAAAAUUGCUGCAAUAUGAACAUCUGUGAAACUCCAUGUUUCGAGCCAAGAUCGACGAUACGGCCAUCCCUAUUAGAUUCCAAACCAGGCAAAGAAGAAAAGAAGAACUUAAUUGCAAACAUGGAAUACCCAGAUGAUCCUUAUUAAAGCUAUGCGUUUUAUACUGAGUGACGUACAAUACUUUGGCAAGAUUGCACAAUAUGUAAGGAAUUUAGGUAUGUAACAGUAGUUCAACUGAUCGGUUUUUGUACAUUUUUAUCAAUGUCAUUUUAGUUUGGCAAUUCAAAAGAAAUGUACGUCAGAAUGAGAACACUUUUCAGAGAAAUCGUAACUCAUUACAUAAAUUUAAAUGUAUAAUACAACUACUCAAACAGAAGACACUGUUUUAAAUAUUUUUUAAGCUCAAAGGCAAUUUGGGUUUUCUGUUUGGGGACAGAAGAAGCUAAAUAUUGAUAAGGGUAGAUACAAACACGUUUUAGAACCAAGGCUGUUAUAACAAUCCAAAAAUUCCUUAUAUUAUUGUGCUAGGUUUACAUAUUGUGAUAUUUGAUUAAGGAUGCGAAUAUGAUACGCGUAAACGAUUACAUUAAUCUCUACGUGUGGUCAAAGGGCUGUGUUGAUGCUAAAAUCUGAGUGCAAGGUAGCUAGAUUUUAGUCUUAAUUAUUUAUUUGGGUAUAGGAAGCGGGGAUCGGGCAUAUCGUGAAUACGUAAACCUAUGCUAAAAUUGACAUGUUUAUGUGUAGAUCCUUAUUUUGAUAGCAUUCACAAGGUGCCUUUUACACGUAGUGCUUUAACUAACGAUGUAACAUAUCCAUGUUUUAGUUGACACAUCUUCAAUACGUGUUGAUUUUAGCAGCUGUUAUAGUAGUGGGCAUUUGAGUCUAUUAUUCGUUAUUUACUUUCAUAUACGUUAGUAACAUCUACAGUACACUAGACUUGUGUCAAUGAGGUUCUACUGGGAAUUGUUUGUCCGAUAGUAAUUUUUACUUGAUGAAGCUGCAGCGACGUGCCAAAGUUUGUAAUUUUCGUUAAACGAAUUGGUUGCUUCCUUGAGAAACUAAAAAAAUCGGUAUUUGUUUAAAUAACGUGAAAUGGCCUCGAUUCAAAAUGUAAUGUAGCAUUUAUGAGGAAUGAAAAUAGUGUACUGUUUGUACAGAUUUUUGUUAUUAUUUUUUAAUGAUUGUUACCAAAUUUAAUUGUAUGGUCAUUAUAAUUAAUUUAAUUAUUUUAUUCGACAUGUCAUUAUAAAAAUCAUUGAAUAUUAUGAAGGAAUAUUGUAUGAGUUGUAUGUCCUAUAAAGCUUGUUGGGAGCUUAUUCCGUUUUUGUGUUCAUGUCACUGAUGUGUCAUAAGCUCGUUGUUUAUACACAUGGCUCAUUUGUGGCACAAAUCAACGUCCAUGGUCCUAUAUGGUAGAGGUCUAUAAAGUAUAAUUCAUAAAUAAAUGUGUUCUUCCAUGAUUCUCAAAGUACCGUAAAGACUUGUUAACUAUUUAUAAAUUUAUUAAAGUGUAUGAACGUUACUGUUUUACCUAGAGAAUGAUCUUUUCAAAUUUUCAUGAACUUUUAAGUACAAAACUUGACUAACUUUGAAUUUGAAAAUUUAAUAGGAUCAUCUUUAUCAAUGAAUGCUAUUUAUGUCCUUUCAACUAUAAAUUUGUAGAUACGACUAAAAGUCCCUGGUAUCUUGGAAUCGUAUAGUUGGUCAACUAUGUAUGCGAUCAGUGUGCGACCGUGUGUGAAAACAAAAUACGAGAGUGGAAGGUUGUUCAUUUACUUAAUAAUCAUUGUGUAACAGAACUAUUUCGACUGCUUGCAGAUAUAAUUAACAAGAAACCUAACGCCGUAAAGUGUCUUAAAUGAGAAUUAAAUGUGCCGGAAAAAAAAUACGGCUAUAAUAUUGAACUAAUUUUAUAACCAUAGAACUGUUAACUUAAACAUAAUGAUAAUGGUCUUUAUUUUGAAUGUUGUAAGCAGAAGAAAUAGUGCCGUUUACAUGGUUUGUUAGAGCAAUACCUCACUUCUCGCCUAAAUAUAAGCUAGCCUCGGCUACUGGCUUCUAUCGGCUUUUUUAUAAUUUUUUAAAGGACGCAUGCAUGGUAUAAUGAUAUCAUUCAGAAAUUAUGUUAGUAUAGUCGCCGAUAACUCCAUAGUCUGUGGUCAAAGUCCAACAUAGUUCUAAACAAUGUAACCAUUGGACAGGCUCUUAGUUUAAGAAUUUGCGUUCCUAUAGGUAAUUCUGAAAAUUAUUUAUCAAAGUACCUCAAUAUAAAUAUUUAUUUGAAAUGUUAGAAUACUGAAUGGAAAUAUAUAUUUUUGUACAGUUGUAGACUAAGAUUAUUUGUUUGGCUUUGUAUUUAUGAUUUUGACUGUACUUACUAUCUAGUUAUUUUAUAUCCAGCUGAUUUUAUCUUAAUGACAAUAAUGAAUACUUAAUUUUGUUUUUCCUGUUUCUUGAACAGAACUUUCGUGUACUUAAAUUGUAACAGUACUUAUUUUUUCUUUGUUUUUGUUUUCCCCCUAUCUUUUAAGUAGCUUUACGUCUAUAAAAGCACAUCUACUUCAUCUGGCCUAUAUUGGUGGUACUUAGCUGAGUAAUUAGACAAUUUAGCAAUUACUUUUUAGUUGUUAGUUUUAGUCGUGGAUUAAUAAUAUCCACAUGAGAAAUGUGAUAUUAUUGAGUCUUGGUAUAAGUCUACUUUAGUAAAUAUUGUGAUUAAUAGUCUCUAAUAUUAAAUUAAAAGCUUGCAUAAA